AUGAUAAAGAGGUAUUUGAAAGGUGUUGCAUGGAUGAGCUUAACAUUCUCAACAGGUGCAUAUUUCAACAUAAAGGGAUUCUGCGACUUAGAUUAUGCAUCAGAUAUGAAUAGACGAAGGUCGAUUACAGGUUUUGUUUUCAUAGUUGGAGGGGAGAGGUUCGAUGGUCACAUAAUGAACAUCAAGGGAAGCUUGAAGAUUAUCGAGCUGCUUACCAUCUCGGGUGCUAGUAACGAGAUGCUAGCUGCUCUGGAAACCAAUGGUCAGAGCGUGUACUCUGUUCUCACAACAAAUGAAGUUGGUGAGAAGAUGACGAGUGAAAUCAACCAGAUCUCGGAAGUCUUCUUGCUGUCCAAAUCUGAUGCAACCUUAAUCCUAAUCUCUCUCCGUUGGAACUCGUUCAAGGCUUCAGACCGUUUGGGCGACGACAAGGAGAAGCUCCUCUCGGACUUAGGUUUGGUUAAAGUUUUCAGUUCGUGUCAAGAAAACGAUUCUGUGUCUUCUUUCGCAGGUCAAGAAAAUCUGGUCUCCACACCCUUUUGUUCACACAAGUUUUCUGAAACUUGUUGGAGAAGUCAUCUCAGCAACCUUCUGACGGAGGAGGAAGAGAGAGUCGUCCUUUGCCCUAACCCAGACUGUGUUGCUCCAGUUGGACCCGAUACGAUUGAGAAACUCACAGAACCAGCUGUGAAGAUGAUGUACGAUAGAUACAUUCUGGGAUCUUUCGUGGAGGCCAACAAGGAAUCGAUCAAGUGGUGUCCUGCGCCAGGUUGCGAAUACGCCAUCGAGCUUCAUGAGGAUCUGUUGGAAGAUGAUGAUCUUGACUUUGGUGUGGUGUGUUUGUGUGGUCACACAUUCUGUUGGAGUUGCACGCUCGAGUCACAUCGACCCGUGACCUGCAAGGAAGCUUCUGUUUGGUCAAGCUCCACCUUGGAUACGUUAAAGAGCAAUGCUUGGCUCCUUGAAAACACCAAACGUUGUCCUAACUGCAACUGUCACGUGCAGAGGACCGAUGACCCUGUUUUGAGAAUGAUAACUUGUAUCUGCAGUUGUAGCUUCUGUUGGCGCUGCUUACUGUCAGAGGAAGAGCACAACGGAAACUGGAACUGUGUUGAACUCUUGUUUCAACUAUCAAUGAGACAAGUGGACGAUUCUAGUUACCUGCGUCUGUGGGAGACAUGUCUUGAAGAGUAUGAGAAUUCCAAGUCGGAUCUCAAAGCCAUAGAGGAGAACGGCGUUCCAAGACUGACGGAUAACAGCAGUUUUAACGAGCAAGACGUUGAUGCUGUAAAGGAAGCAACUCUGCUUAUGGUCCAGUGUAGGCUUGUAUUGAAAUGGAGCUGUGCUUAUGAAUAUUUCAUAGCCAUGUACCAAAGCCCCAAGACGCAGUAUGUGAAGCACCUUCGAGGAGAAGCUCGAAAGACACUUCUUAGGCACAAAGCGACUCAAGAAGAGUUGAUGAAUAAAGCUCUCACAUCUGGUUAUUUCAGUUCCUUCAAGGUCGAGUUGUCAAACAGUUCAACAAUCACUGGUAACUACUUCCAUGAAUAUGUCAAGACUCUUGAAAGUGGUUUCCCUGAAAUUCAGGUUGAAACUUAGUUCCAUAUGUAAUUUAUAAGAUUUUCUCUGGAUCAUUUGAAUGUGUUUGUACUUUGAAGACUUUUGAAUAAUUAUUACAACAUUUCAACAUAUACUUUACAGUACUUUUAUUUUAUAUUAAAUAUUAAUUUUAGGUUAAUUUCUAUGAAACAAAUUGAAUAUUUAGUAAAAAAAUCUAUAUUUUACUAGUUAUCUAAACACCAGAUUUUCAAAAGAUAUCAAACUGGAAUAAAUCAGAAAUUUGUUUUUCGCUAAAAUUUGUUGCAUUAAUUUAAUUUUUUUAGAAUUUUCUCUAAUCCGGUUUGUACUGGACCUAAGCAAAAAUCCUAGAAUUGGGGCUGAUUUGGACCUAAUUGAGAGCCUUA